UUAUUUUACAGUAAAAAUGUUUAGGGGUACGUUUGUCUGUCUGCUGCUGUGCAUUUUACAGACAGCUCUUGGUCAGUUCAAUAACGGCAUCGGGCCGAAUGGACCCAUAAACAACGGUUUCAACAACUGCGGCAACGGGCUUGGGCUCGCCAACAACGCCAUCUCUGCUACUGCCAACGCAGCUGCUGCCAACGCCGCGGCUGGCAACGCGCUAGCGUCGGGUAUCGCAGGUCCUGGCCUGGUUGGCCCUGGCGUGUCAAUUGCUGGCAAUGGCCUACCAAUUGCAGGACCUGGCGUGCCAUUCGCAGGUCCUGGCGUGCCAUUCGCAGGUCCUGGCGUGCCAUUCGCAGGGCCUGGCACGCCAUUCGCAGGACCUGGCGUGCCAAUAGCCGGUCUAUCUCAAGUGGGACUUGGGGAUGUGGCAGUGGGUGGGGAGUUGCCAGUGGCCGGCUCGACUGCCGUGUCUGGCAACGUGCCAGUCAUUGGCUACGUGAACUUCGAGGGCGUCGUGCCAGCAGGUGGCAUCGUAACCCUUGCCAGUAACUGCGGGUGUAACAAUCAAGUUGUUUAUUAGUUUAAGUUGUUGUUAUAUAAUUAAAUUAUGUGAUUAGUA